CGUGGUACAGAGGGCUUCUGGAAGUCAGUGGCCUUUUACGUCCCCAGGGAGCCCACAGAGAUGCGCAUCCUCAACCCCUACUUCAUCCAGGAGGCUGCCUUCCAGUUCAUCGGCCUGCCACUCAACAACGGCCUCAUGGGGAAAGGGGUGAGUGACACUGACAGAAACCCGCUCUAGUUCGAUAGAAAUGUAUCGAACAAUUUAUGCAUUGGAAUGUUCUGAGAUGAACCCUCAGAAUGUUCGCAGAAACCAUGUAUGGUGCUAUGUAGACGUCACCUGGAUUUAAGGUGGAUAAGAUUCAGCCCGGUUUGCAGUCUGCACGCAAACGCAUAUGCAGACAUACAUUCACGCAUGCAGUACAAGAGUGCAUAGACUCUUACUCACUCACGCCCAUGUAUUUUAAGUUUAAGAAUACACACAGGCACACCCUGACAGAGGCACAAUCCCUCUUUCAAACAUUAACACUCUCUCACACAUGCUACGAAACGGUACACAACCCAUAGGCAGCCCGGGAGUUGAUGACCGACCGCACGUUCAUAACCAAAGUGUGUUUGACACACUUCAGGCCCCAAACUCAAACCUCGCUGCCAGUAGAACCCCUGUUCCUAUGACAACCACAGCAAGGCAGCAACUUGCCAUGCCAUCACAGGAAAUUAAACCGUUAAAACAACUGCAAACAUCUCUCUAGAUCAAGGGUCAGGAACCCAAGUGAAUUUUCACAAAAACCUAGCGCUCUAGUAGCUGCAAUGGAUGAACCUCAUGAUUCAGAGAGAGAGAGACAUUGGGUGCACCUGACUGCAUUUCAAACUAAACAAAACAUAAUUGUGUUGAAUAGUUCAUCAUGGAGCCACAAAGGGGUAGUUAAAAGGCCACAUAAGACUCCAGAGACACGCGUUGCAGACCCCUGCUCUUGAUGAAAGGGAAAGAUUUAUGGAGGGAAAAUGAAGCUUCAGACGUAUUACCUCAUUAACUCCUCAUAGAUGUAUUUUGUUCUCAUUUUGGUUUUGAGGGGGGCAUCAGAUGAGACUGUAGAUUCUGGACUGCCACAGGCUCUGCUGGUUUUCUUCUCUCCUUGGCACGUAACUAAUCAAUCAAACGCAUUGAUUGGCUUCAUGAGGCCACUUACCUAGUUUACCAAGACCAUGGCUGGCUGAUCAAAGGGAAUAGGUUAGAUAAAGACCAGCAGAUGCUGUCACCCCUCCAGGACUGGAACUGUGCAGCAGACUAGCUUGAGAGGCUGAUGAAGUUCUACAGAGGAGUGCAGGGGUUAGGGGGUAGGGAACAUGCUGCAACAGGCAUUAGAGGGAUGGGAAGGGGUACGAGGAGUGUGUACAGCCUUCUGCCUUGAAGGGGCGGCCACCAGGACACCCCUGGCUGAACUUUGGUGUACAGGAGGAACAUGUGUGGAACAUGUGGGAUGCCCUGGUGCCCCCUCAGACAGUGUGUGUGUGUUGGGGGGACUUGUCCCAUAUAAUACUGAUCAAGGCGGGAUACAGCCUGACACAUCCUUCCCCUAAAAUGCCCGCCUGUCUUUCCCCUGAUUAGUGUGAUGUGUUUGUAUGAUGUGUGUGUUUGCGGGCUAAGCUACACCUACCCUUAGGGCUCCAAAUCAAGGUAAUGAUUUAGAGCCCCCCCCACCACCAUCUCCUCCCCAUUAGGCCCUCCUCACUCCCCCCCACCACCACCAUCUCCUCCCCAUUAGGCCCUAGGGUUUGAGGAAGUGGAGGUCUGCCCUCUCAAACCGCUGUGUCAUUGUGCGGGUGCGCCUGUUUAAGCAAAUUGUUAAUCACGCUCAGCUCAGGACGAGUUAACAACUGGCCCAGAACAAAGCCAUGAGCACAGGGAGAGGGAUCGAAGGGAUGGUGGUGCCAUGUCUGUCACAGACUAGUGGUGGUGGUAAAGGAUAGUGGUGGUAAAGGAAGAUGGAGUUAAUAUAGACAUUUUCAAUGGUUGCUUUUACUACCUACUGCUGUUAGAGGAAAUUGUGUUGGCUACUUGACACACUCUCAUUCCCCCUUCUAAUAAUGCUUUGUUCCCAUAAUGCACCCAAACAUAAGAUACAAUAUACAGGUAAAUGCCAAAAUAAAGGAAACACCAACAUAAAGCGUCUUACGGCGUUGGCCCACCACAAGCCGCCAUAACUGCUUGAAAGUGCCUUGGCAUAGAUUCUACAAGUGUCUGGAACUCUAUUGGAGGGAUGCGACACCAUUCUUCCACGAGAAAUUCCAUAAUUUUGUGUUUUGUUGAUGGUGGUGGAAAACGCUGUCUCAGGCGCCGUUCCAGAAUUUCCCGUUUUCCCGUGUUCAAUUGGGUUGAGGUCUGGUGACUGAAAGUCGCUGCAUGGUCAAUCCCGACGUCUGCAUUGGCCGUGCAGCAUUUGGCCUCUGCAUGCCUCCGGAGGCUCCGCAAUUGCGGCACACCCUCCAUACGUGGCAAAUAGACCGCCAUUGCCCUCUGUUCUAUUGGCGAAUGUGCAAUCACUGGAUGAGCUCCAUUCGAGACUAUCCUAUCAACGGGACCUGAACAAUUUUAAUAUCCUAUGUUUCUGAAAGUCGUGGGUGAACGAGGACAUGGAUAUACACUGAGUGUACAAAACAUUAAGAACACUUUCCUAAUAUUGAGUUGCACCCCGCCCCAUGCUCCUUUGAGACCCCUAUUUCAAAGUCACUGUGAUCUCUUCUAGCCAUGGUUUGUUUAUUUGGUUCCUCUCUUCCUGGGAUCCACAAAAAAACACAAUACAACACAUGACUCGUAACAAAACACUGAUACACAAGGACAGUCACACAAAUAAUGGUAGCAAAAAUAAUGGGCAACUGGGUGUUUUUAUACAUGACCCUAAGCAUGAUGGGAUGAAAAUUGCUUAGUUAACUCAGGAACCACACCUGUGUGGAAGCACCUGUUUUCAAUAUACUUUGUAUCCCUCAUUUACUCAAGACUUUCCUUUUAUUUUGGCAGUUGCCUGUACGAUACACUAUAAAGAAGUGACAUGGCCACCUUUUGUGCUUUUCCCUCUUCAGAACAUUCCAACCCUGGGGACUGUCGCCAUAACGAUGGCCCUGCAUAACUGUGACGAGGUGGCGGUGGCCGGCUUCGGCUACGACAUGAACACGCCCCACGCGCCCUUGCACUACUACGAGACGGUCAAGAUGUCCGCCAUCAAAGAGGUGCGUGUUUUUGUUGCAUUUAAAUACACUGGAAAUCGGUCUUGGAGUGAUGUUUCCUCUCCUUGUCUACACUAAGUCACACGUGAAAGAACUGGAAAGGUGAAAAUGCAUUCUCAGUAGACAAAUCCACCAUAUUGUUUUCAGAAAAGUGCAGAUUAGAGAGACUAUAUUGGCUCCCCCUCCUAGACCUAUUAGGCUAACGAGGGUUUUGUUCCAUUUUCUGUCUUUUUGAUUAGCUCUCUCAUCCUCCUCCCGUCCAAGUAAAUGACCCCAAGAUGGAGCCUUUUAGUCCUCCACUCCCGACUGCCUCAGUGUUCUAUUAUGCCAGAUGUCACAGAGGGGAGCUGACGUAUGAACUCAGAAUGAUAAUCUUGGUCUAAACUCCCAGUGAACUCUUACCAUGUUGAGCCAUGUAAUCAAUGGAACCCUCAUCUAGUAGGUCCAUCAUCAUUGGAACACUGAAAGACACACUGUCAUGUGCUUCCACUGGUGGUAAUGUGUUAUGGUCACCUCUCAGGGAGCGAUGAGAUGCAGUGGUAUCCUUACUCUCUGUCGAACAUAAACUAGUCCCCUCCUAAAACAGGGCUACUCAGCUUAAACUCAGAAUGGAUCCAGGUGCACUUUAGUUUGUUUUUCAACUUUCUGUAGCUCGUGUGAAGGGACUGAACAGGAGUGAAUGUAGAAUACCACACUGUUCAGUAUUUCUGUACAUACCAUUCGUAUGUGUUCUGUAGAUGCAAGCAUGUUAAAGAGAGGGGGAGGUUGCUUCCGCCUCAUCCUCUCUCUGACCUAGCUCGUCAUCCCUGGACUCUCAGCUUAAAUCACAGACAGCAAGGCCUGAAGACACACACACACCCUGGUGUUACUGCUCACAUGGCUCUCCCGGCCCUGCUCCCUGUAGUAAAGCAGUGAAACCCUAGCCCUGGAUCCGUGUGGUUCUGUGUGCAAGUGUGAUCCGUCACAGAGUCGGGGCCAGGCCGACCCAGACAGACCAGUGGCUCUCAGGAGAGGCUCGGCCCCACAGCCUGGACCCAGGCAGAGCUCUGGGGUCCAGUUCAGCCCAACCCAACCCAGACCAGCCCGGUCCUCCCACUCUCAGGCCCCAGAGCCUCCCACAGGAAUCACGGGCUCUUGUUACACACGCUGCAGACCAGACUGAGGUCCCGGAGCAUAGUGGGGAAUGAAAUUGACCCAAUGUGGUUCCACUCACACACAAACACACACACACUCUCACUACAAACUCACUCUGACUCCAUCAUAUUCACCAGAAGAAAACAAUGCAGACAUAACUACAUAUGACAAGGCUCUUAAAACCCAUUGAAAGUCAAAAUGGUUUGACGCAAAGAGUUGGAGAAGGUUGUUUUCAUGCAGUGUUGUGCAGAAUAGAAAACCCAAAAUGUCCUUCAUAGGUUGUUGAGAACCGUUUCUUGUCUUUGAUCCUGACCCCCGCCCCCCCACUGAUCUUUGACAAUCUUCUUGUUUCUCAUCUUGUUCCCUUUCAUCUCCACAGUCCUGGACACACAACAUAUCCAAGGAAAAGGAGUUCCUCCGCAAGCUGGUGAAGGCCAACGUCAUCACGGACCUGACCAACGGGAUUUGA